AUGGGAAUGUUAUUUGGAAAACCAAAAGCCACUCGUAUUACCGACCACGAUCGAGCAGUUCUGCAAAUGAAACAACAGAGAGAUACUCUAAAGCGAUACCAACAAAGAGUGGAAAAGUUACUAGAAAGUGAAAGAGAACUCGCUAAAAGACUACUGUCCGAAAACAAAAGAGAAAAAGCAAAGCUAUUGCUGAGAAAAAAGAAAUACCAAACAGAGCAGCUUGAACGUACUGAAGCGUCUUUGGACACAAUUGAAAAAUUAAUUCAAGAUUUAGAAUAUACCCAAAUAGAAAUCAAAGUUAUUGAAGGCCUUAAAGUUGGAAAUGUAGCCCUCAAAAAAGCGAAUGAAUUGUUUAAUAUUGAACAUAUUGAGCAACUUUUGGAUGAAACUAAAGAGGGAAUCGAUAAACAAAAAGAAAUUACCGAUUUACUUAGUGGCGCCUUGUCAUCUGAGGAUGAAGAAUCAGUUGAAGCUGAAUUAAAUGAACUAAUUGCUGUUGAGCAUCAAAAAGCAAUAGAUUUGUUACCAACAGUACCAUCGGAUGAAUUACCAUUAACUGUUCCAGAGACCAAAGAAGAAGACAAAUUGCCUACAAAGAAAAUUGCGUUAGAAGCUCAAUAA